UUCCGAUAUUUCUUUCGUUUGACGUUACACAAUUCAUCUUCAGUGUGCUCGACGCCUUGUGUAGUCAAUGAUUUUUUUGGGUGGUCUGCCUGGAUUGGGCGUUUUUAUCUUAUUCCUGACUGCCUUGUGCCGGGCCGAACUGUGCUUGCCCAAUGGCAUACCGGAAGGACAGCGUUUGUAUGUUUUGAAUGCCAGCAACGAGCAAAGUCCAAUUCGGCUGACCAUAUUCGCCUGGAGGUCCUCCAUUGUGACCAGUCAGAUUGCGCAGAUCCUGAUUUCUGAAGUGUUAGGAUAUCAUGCCCUCGUGACUCCAGAAACCAUUUUCGACACUACUGCUGGAAUCUCACGUUUGGCAGGGUGCGAGAGCUCUGAUUGCCAGGUGAAAACCUCAAGAACUGAUGUUGUGUUGGACACCUGGUUGAGUCCGGUCUUUCCUUUUUGGCAGGGUUUCCUAGCUCAAAAUCCUCAAGUAGCCGAAGAUUUAGGCUCUAUGGGCUAUCAGGGUGGUGAUGGCCUUUACAUCAAAGGAUCGGUGCUUGAAAGUGCAGCGAAUGCUGGGUUGGCGUUGGAAUACUACAAGAGUUACAACAUGUCCUUCCACCAGCCCUACAAAUACUUUGACACUUUGUGGGAUCUGCCGGAGGCAGACCUUGAGCCUUGCAACGGAUCCUUUCUCGGCUGGCCCUUGGAACCCACAGACUCUGAAAAGAUGAAGAAUUAUCUUGACUGGACAGGCGAUGUCGAUGGCGUAGUGGAGCGGAAUGGCCAAUAUUCAGCAAAUUGUCAACUACCUGCUUUCUGGAUCGCACCUGCUUGCCGACAUAACUACACUCAAUGCAUCCCUGUAAUGCAAAAUGGACCUGGAUACAUGGUCGUAUUGAUGCAGUGGUCAGUAGCCUAUGGAAUUCCGAUGGCGCUGACACACGGGACCACUGGGACCAACGUUAUGAAGGCGAUUCGAAACCAGCGGAUACUAUAUUACUGGUUUGAACCAGACGAGACAUUGCUUGACCUUAGGCAUGCCAGGCUCAUAUUGCCACCACACAGCGCAGCUGGAUGGUUGAAGGGAGAUUUCCGAACAGGCGGAGAGGAAGUGUACAUCGCGAAGCUUGCCAACGUCGGUCUCCAAAUCUCAGCGCCAAGAGUGAGGACGUUUGUGCAGAAGAUGAAACUCGAGGUAGGUGAGUUGCUGGAUAUGCUGGCAACCACUGCAAUAAACUCCACUGCUGAUCAAAAGCUCCAGAUAUUGGGUGAUGCAGCUUGUCAAUGGGUGAAAACCAAAAGCGACAUUUGGGGGAAGUGGAUGCCAGUUAAAACCGAUUGCUCUGCAGGAUAUGGACUGGUUGACGUUCAAGGCUUGCCAGUCGCAUCUUUGGCCGAAGCGGUCGACUGUCAAGUUUGUGCCGCAGGACGUUUCUCAGAGGUUUUCACACAGGAUGGGAGGCAAACCUAUAGAUGUCAAGAGUGCGAAGUUGGUUUUCAUCAAAGCGGCUUUGGUCAGAGCCAAUGUAUCCAAUGUGAGGCUGGCACCUUUGCAGCUGCAGUUGGACAGGCAACUUGUUCACCUUGUGAGCGAGGGACUUACGUCAGCUCCACUGGAGCAACAGGUUGUUCCAGCUGUGGAGCUGAAGAGCUUUGGACGACAAGUAAGGCUGUGCAAGCUGGGGGUCAAGAGAAAUGGAUUGAAUUUGAAGGAGCGACAUCAGCAGGCUCUUGUCAUUGUGUUGAAGGACGGCAUUUGUCAGCCGGUCAAUGCGAAAUCUGCAUCGAGGGCGCCUCUUGUCCAGGCUCAGGAGUCCCGACACUCUUACCUGGCUUUUACUCUACUCUGGGUGAUCCUGGGGCAGUUCUGCGGUGCUUUGGCAACAGUUUGAGGUGCCCGGGUGGAGCACCAGAAACCUGCGCCGAGGGCAGGGACCCUUCCAGCCCUGCUUGCAGCUCUUGCCUUCCAGGUCUACAGCCAAUUGGAGAACAGUGCAUGCCUUGCAAAGGCGGGGAUUACAUUAAGCUUGUGGCUCUGACUCUUUUGGUCCUAGUCGGGACUGGGAUUUUGCACAUCGUGCUAGCGCUGACGGAUCGAACCAGCGGAUCCUAUCGUAGUGCGCUAUUGGGUGCGGCCUUGUGUGCAAAUCAAUUGAUCACAUGCGCUCAGCUUUUCGUCGUGAUGGAACAAAUACAAGACAUAACUUGGUCUGAGCCCUUUUUGAGCUUCUUGGAGUUCUUCCGAGUUCUGUCACUUGAACGUUUGCUUGAUUCCGUGAAGACCUUGAGCUGUGUCGCUCGCAUCAGCCCCGAAAUGAACUUCUUGAUUCGAAAUCUGAUGGUGCCUGCAUCCUUCACCAUUGGGCCUGUGGUUGCACAGUUCACGAUGAGCAGAACCAGCUUUGCGAAGACCAGCAGUUGGAGCUGCCUUUUGAAAACGUUUGGUUUCCUCUUCCUGCUCUUCUACAUUUCGUUAUGCUCAUCGUUUGUGGACCCUUUUCGGUGCAAUGUGCAUCCAAACGACUCGCUGACCAUGCAAACGGCCCACGAUGUCUUUUGCAAUUUCUCAGGCACUCACUUGACUCUAUGUUGGAUGAGCAGCUUGAUUUGCUUGCUUCCAGUCAGUUUCCUUGUUAUGUGCACGUAUCUUCUGUGGGUGAUUCUUCCAAGACGGGUUCGAGUCGCCAACGCAGCCUUUAUCCGGGCCUGCUCGUUCUUGGUCUUGAGAUUCAAACCAGGAUAUGAGUCAUUCACAUUGGCUUUCUUGCUCAGAAAUGUGCUCUUUGUGUUGACGCCUAUGAUGCAUUCAUCAAUCAGUCUGUUCGUGAUGGGAAAUCUCUUGGCCCUGACGGCUGUGUCAGUUGCAUACUUUAAACCAUGGCGAUCGGACCUUGCGAGUGUGGUCGAUGUACUCGUCAGCUCCGCCUUGCUGAGUGUUUUGCUCAUGGGUGCACUUACUGUGAAUGAUUCAGACCCGAAGCCUCUCAUGGUCCUAUGCACUGUGUGUGGUAGCUUGAUCAUUUGUGCACUUAUCAUGGGAGCGUUGUACUCGAUACUUCAGCACAUUGCUUCCAAGUUUCGCAAGAAGUUCGCCUUCUUUCUCUCUCAUCAUAGAACUGCUUCCGCUGCAUAUGCGCGGUUGUUGAGAAUGGAGCUGCGACAACGAGGCUCACAGUUCACGGCCUUCCUUGACUCUGACCACCUGACGGAUCUCACGCGGCUGUUUUCCUAUGUCAGUUCUGAUACGCAGACCUUUGUUCUCCUUGGAACGCCGUCAGUGCUAAAGCGCAAGUGGUGCAUGGGAGAACUGGUGAUGGCUCGUAUUGCAAAUGUUGACACGGUGGUGUUAAGCUUUCCAGACUUUGAUCUACCGGAUGAGUCCUUCGUUCGGAACUAUGCCAGACUUGUGCCUGAGAUUAAGGAGCUUUCCAUGUAUGGUCUUGGGCUUUCAGAAGUGCACGACACCUUGCGGUGGUUGAGUACGGUGACCAACUACCCAAUUGCUUCUCAGUUCUCUAAGGAGGGUGUAGUAGCUACCGUUGGCCAGUUGACAAACACGGUCACACAGGAAUUUCAGCAAGGCCAUACAACGGAGUAUGCCAUUCUGGCAGACCCUGGAAACAUGGAAGCAAUGGCCACCGCUGAAGUGAUGGGAACAUUCUUGACACGAUUGAUUCCAGAGCGAGGUCAGGCGACGCGUGUGUUCACUGCUGACAGCAAUGUUUCCAGGACGGACACUCGUCUCAUUCUGGUGUGCAGUCAGGAUUGCUUCCGAUCGAACCACAUAGCGAGAUGGUUGUUGCAAGCCCGUGUUGUGCCAAGUUGUCAGCUUUUGCCAGUGCUUGCCGAUGAACGUUUUCAACUUCCAAGACGACAUGGAGGGAGUCUGCAAGAGAAUGUUGUUUGUCCGGCUGGUAUUGAUGAGGGUGCCUAUUUGCAAGUGAUCAAAGCUGUCUUCUUGGAGGUGGCACUACCCUUCAUCCCAGCCCAAAGCUCGGAGGUGGAUUUGUGCAUUCGCAGCAGGCAGGUGGCUUCGCGACUCUAUGGGGAUCUGAAGCCUUUGUCCACCAAGUUGCUGAUCGUUGGGGGCGCACCUGAGCCUGAGGCUACGCAGCCUGAGGCAAUCUCUGGCACAGACAGUUCCAAUGCCAGCCUUCAUCUCCUGACUCGCCAGUCGCAGCAUGUAUCUGAAGAUGUUGAAGCAGCUUUGAGAUCAGAGAUGGUGACGAAAUCAUUUUGAUUCUUCGAAUUUGACUUUACUUUGCAUGCUCUUGCCAAACUCUAGACACUGGGAAAAUUGUUAAGUUCAGUGGUCAAAAGCCUUCCAUUGUAGCAAGGUAAGACACCACAGUAUCAAUGGUUCGCCACAAGGCUGCCUAUCGUAUACCUGCGGGCUGACAAAAACAGGCUGGAUUGUUGAUGUUUUUGGCUGAUUUGUUGAGACUGGCAGUCAAGAAUUGUGGCUGCUUCAGUUUUCUACUGACCUUCUGAUCACAAAGUACCAAAAAA